GCACAUUUUAAAGUGGCCUUUUAUUGUACAAAGCAAAAGGUGCAUCUGUGCAAUGAUCAUGCUGUUUAAUCACCUUCUUGAUAUGCCACACCUGCCAGGUGGAUGGAUUAUCUUGGCAAAGGAGAAAUGCUCACUAACAGGGAUGUAAACAAAUGUGUGCUCAAAAUGUGAGUGACACUUUACAAACGUUGCAUUUACGUUUUUGCUCAUUCUAGCCCGUGAGAGGGAAGAUAUGCACAGCUUGCAAACAAUUUUUUUCUCAAAGUUUCCAGGUGCGUCAACUUAUAUCAAUACAAUUCUAACAACAUAAUAAUUACGAAACUUCUAUUAGAUCAAAUAAGUACUAAAUUAGUAUUCACAUUUUUGCUUACCAAAUUAGACACUGUUAUAUACACCUCCAUAAAAAAAUACCCACUUUGUCUUCUUAUUGCUGUAUUCUCGCGCCGACAGAUUUUGGGCGUAGUUAAUCCUCUCGCUUUGCCCCUUCCUCUCUGGCGUAGCGUAGUUUCGGGGAUGCCUUGGCUGAUGAAGGAGACUGGGUGCCACCUAUUACCACUGCCAGGUUUUGGGUCCGGGAUGGAGGCCAUGGGGGAAAGCAAUGAAAUGCCAGAAAAGGGGAUUAGACUAGAGAGAUAGUAGGCUAUGCUAUGGCAAAUUUGAUAAAAAAUUCAAGUCGUGUCUUUGUUACUGAAAUGUAGGUAUUCUUAUCUGUCAAAUUGAACGUAGUGGGAUACUACUGCAUAAAUCUUGGAUUCCAGGAAAUUAGCAUAUAGUUACCAUGGCGAUGGAAGCUCGCUGAUCCAAUGAGUUCCACAAUAAUACUGCUAGCUACUUGGGGAAGUUUUCUGCUUACUUCUAGCAAGCUAGCUAGCUUUUUAAUUUUCUAGUAGAUCUACCGUGUCUCACUUUUGAGAGUGAAACGACAAUCUUUCUUUCCAGUAUUUUUUUAUUGCCAAGUUAUAGAACAUCUCCAGGAGUCCGCCCAUCGCGAAAAGAGGACAGCCAGAUUGUAGGUGCUCAGGUUAGGUCUCACUGCUGGUCACGUAGCCCAAACAUCUGCUUCGACAUAAGGAAAUAUGACUGUGCUUGCUGCUGGCUAAUGGAUACCUGAGACAGAAAAGUUCUGAAGACGUCUCCCCCUCUGAAGGGCCUGAGUGGAGGGAACGGAGUUGGGUCGUGUUCUUGAGGUGAGCCUUGGUAGACCAGGCAACCAUAACAAGAUGGUGAAGAAAAACACAGGACACUCACGACGGUCGUCCAUAUCCAAGACUGCUGGUGGCUCCCAGAUAUCCAGCCUCAAAGACUUGAGCCUGCUGGAUGGAUCUGGCCUUGGGCAGGAGGAGACCCCAGAGCUGCCUCCAGAACCCCCCACACCUGACGAGAGCCACUUGGGCUUCCCAGACCCUGUCUAUCUGCUGGCGGCAGUCAUCUUUCAGAACACUCACCUGGAGAAGCCUGCUGCCCACCGAUUAGUCAGUUAUGGCAAGCGGGCGGGGCUGCCCCUGCCUGAGGCCAAGGAUGAGGCGUACCAACGCAGCUCGUAUGAGCUGGCCUUCAACACACUCAAAUACCAAGAGCUCCUGGAGGACAUCAUGAUUGACAGCUGCUUUUACCUCUCUCAGCCAAUGCCUGAUGACCAGAUGAGUCUGGUGGUGGUGAUGCUUUACGACUUCCAGGACAGGAAGUUCCUCCCUCGGGAAUGCCAGGGGGAGGAGCUCGUACAGGAAGUCAGGGAGGUGGAGAACUGCCUCCUCAGGUUUAAGACCAAGCUGGCAGCCUCCCUGGCUCGCAGUAGGAUCAAACAUGACCUCGUGACCAUCGACUGCAUCCUCCCCGAAGCUGUGAGGAAGAAACAGGAGAGAGCCAACAGGCUGCUCCUCUACGCAUGGGUCAACACAUUCAAGAGCAGCCUUGAAGAGGUGUGCGGCGUCCUGAAGCGAGGGGGAUUCUCUCAGGUGAAUUCAGUCGGGCAGAUGGAAGGGCAGUCCUUCUGUCAGGACCCCCACUGUGUGGACGUGUUGGUGUUCCCCCCCCAGCUCAAAGCUGACCUGUACCGCACCAAGCUGCUCAGCGACAACAAGCUCAUCAUACAGGAUAAGUGGUGUAGCAUCGGUCCCUGUGUGGUGCGCUCUCUGUUGCUCCCAGACGGGGACGUCCUGAUGGCUGGCUCCUCCUCCGGCCUUACCAUGUCACACACCGCCUCCCUGGUCACCCACGGCAACGCCCAUGGCAACAGCCAGUCUAAAGUGUUUGUCUGUGUUGGCGACCGCCCACCCGCCCAGAGGGAGGAGCUACAGGAGGUCCUUGCCAAUAUGGCCUGCAAGAACGUGAAGCUGAUCCCUAUGAGUUUCCUGUCUCUGGACCCAUGUGACCUGAGACUCCAGCGGGUCCGGGUCAUCCUGCUGACCCCCCAGUGCUCCGUGUCUGCAGUCAGCAACCCUGUUGAGUUCAUACUGCAGGAGAACGGAGACACAGACCUGCUCCAGGACCUGUCCCAGGG